GUUUAUUUCUUGUUCUAUUCAACUUGGUAAAAGAUUGUAACUCAUUUUCUUUGUUUGGGAAAAGAGAAAAUUUUUUUUUCUUUUUCUCUCUCUCUCUCAUGUUUCCAUCUUUUUAAUAAUAAAUUUUGUUCCUUCAUCAUCAUCACCAUCUCGCCGCCAUCUUCCAACUUGCAACAUCAAUAGUUUAAUGGGCUAAACUUUUGUGGUUUGAUGUUGUUUUCUUCUUCUUUAAUUUUGUAAUUUUUUUUUUGUGUCUUUUUGUUUUCUUCAAAAUUUCAAUUAUUCUUUUCUUUUUAAAAAAUUACUCUCCUUUGUGUGAUGCUGAGCGAUGAUCCGAAGACAUCUUGGUCUCCUUUUCGGUGGUCAUCUUUUAUUUCACUGGAUACCCAUUUUCUUUCUGGUAUCUGGUCAAACUGAAGAGGAAAUUUUCACUACCCAACGACGAACCGGAUACGCUUGUGAAGGGUCAAGUUUAACAUUAUCUUGUGGUGAUCCUUACAUAAUAAACUUAAUACGUGCCAAUUUUGGUCGUUUUAGUAUUUCAACAUGUAAUUCCCAAGGAAAUCUUGAAUGGAGUGUAAAUUGUAAAUCACCUGAAUCUUUUGCCAAUAUUCAAUUAAAUUGUAAUCGUAAGAAUAGUUGCUUAUUACCAGCAUCUAGCUCUUUCUUUGGUGACCCAUGUCCAGGAACUUAUAAAUAUCUUGAAGUUCAUUAUGAGUGUGUGCCUAAAUUUCAACGUCCACCAGGAUUUUCUGAAGUUGUCCGAUCACCAUCAUCAUCUUCAUCAUCUUCUUCACUUUCCUCUUCCCUAGACUCUUCAUCAUUACCUUCAUCAUCACCAUCCUCACCAUCUUCAUCUUUUUCAUCAUCUUUUGAUGACAACUGGUCUUUGUUACCUCAAUCAUCUUUCUCCCAAUCUUCACCCUUCUCUCUAAGUGAACAGAGCUCUAACAAUAAGCCAAAGAACCAAAGUCCACCGCCCAUCAUAAUACCAACAAUUAAUCCAUACCGAACUAGUAGUCCACAGAUUUCACCUUCACCUCCAUUAUCACCCAAAAUUGAACUCAUCUCAGAAUUUUCACCCUCCCCACCACCAUCACAACCACAGCCCCCAAUUGAUUUUGAUCUAUCAACCCGUUCAAUUUUAGAUAUUGACUCUAAAUAUGAUGAAAAUUCAUCUAGAAUUUAUGAGGAAAAUUUAUACAUACCACCACCAAGUGGAUCAUCUUCCGGUCAACUUUAUUACAGUAAUUUAGAAAAUGAAGGAACAAUUCGUAUUCUUUUAAUUCUUGGAUCAACUCUAAACUCAAUUAUUCUAUUAAUUGCCUUGGUUACCCUUGUCCUUAUUCGUUCACUGCAAACCAAGGAAUCAGCAUUGAUUCGUAAAAAUGUUACAAUCAAUUUAUUACUCGAUCAUCUUGUGUUAUUAUUAAUUCUGGGUACUUACCUUUCACCAAACUAUUUCAAUACAACAUCAAUUUCAUCAUCAUCAUCAUCAUCAUCAUCAUCUAAUUCAUUAACAACCAACACUUCAACCCUUCGUUCAUUAGGUUUUCUUGUUGCCUUAUAUCAUUAUUUUCUUCUUGUUCAUUUUGUUUGGAUUCUUUUUGAUCUUGAUCUUGAGCUUCAUGUACGCCUAUCAAGGAAACAAUUUAUUGAUCCAUCUCUUGUCCUUGGUCCAUCAGGAACCGUUUCUGCCUCUGUGAAUAUCUCAUCAACUGCCACCACCACCACACCAACAACAGCAACAACAGCUUCAAUACUUACCGGUGGCAUAAAUCCAGUUAAAUUGAGACGCUAUCUUUACCUAACAUCAUAUUUGAUACCAUUAAUAGUUAUUUUACUCAUCUCUUGGUCAACAUCAACACAAGCCUUACCAAUGUUUGCCAAUCUUUGCUCACUUGAGGCUCGUUCUCAUCUUGCUUCAUUUGUCAUUGCCUCGUCUAUCAUAUUAACUGGCCUUGGAUUAGUACUUCUUUUAGUUACCUAUUCAAGAAUUGGUUUACAUACAUCUUCUUCAUCAACUGGUCAAUCAUCAUCUUCACCAGUAUCUCCAGGUUCUGUUGGAGGUUUUGUUUAUCCAUCCGGAUUAAUGACCAGUGCAGAUAAAUUUGCAUUAGAUUUAAUGUUAAAUCGGAAGCUAAAAAUUUCAUUAUUUUGUCGUUUCUCACUUAACCUGUUGGCUGCCAUUAAUUGUACUCUAGGCGUUGUUUAUUUAACUUACAGGGUAUCAACCAUUGGAUUCUUAUUUGCCCUUACCAAUGUUUCCCUUGGAUUAUUUGUGUUCUCUUACUAUUGUUUAACCAAAGAGAAUAUUCGUUCCCGUUAUUCUCUAAUAUGCUCUUAUGCAGCAAGACACAUUUUUUGUUUAAAAGGUGAUUCCAAAAGCUAUCUGGAUAAUCCUCAUCCCGUACAUCAUGGGCAUCAUCAUUCUCACCAUCCAAAUGUUGUACAUCACCUUCCUCUUAAUAGUGGCCUUAACGGAGGACUUUCUAGGGGAUUCGUUUUCGGAGGUUAUAAUAAGAAUCCAUCUAUUCAAAAUCUUACUGGAAAUCCAGCUCAAUUAUCACAGCCCAUGAUUGGUAAUUCAUCUAGUAUGGGUGGAUUAUCCCGAGAGUUUUCAUCAUCGCGUCAUUAUCUUGCCAGUGACGCUGCCACCACCGAAAGUGGAUCUGAUUAUGGUUGUCGUAGGUUAACACCGGCCGCAGUUGCCGCAGCUGCUGCAGCCGCUGCUGCCGGUAACGGUCCUAAUAUGGCUACACAUGGACCAACACCUAAUCAUUUUUAUCAUUUAUAUAAUCCUAAACAAUCAUGUAAUCCAUACUCUUGUCAUCACAUGAUUGAACAUGUAUAUGAAUGUAUUGAUGAUGAACCUUACGUUGCCAAGGUGAUCCUACCUCCUGGUUCAACCGUUGCCUCAGCCGCUUUAGGUAAUUACAGGUUGCAUUCCAUGGCAGCAGCAGCAGCCGCAGCGGCUGCCGCUGGUGGAGAUCAUGGUCAUCAUCUUCAUCAACUUCACCAUUUCCAGCAAACAUUACCCAAUCACUAUCUUGGUUAUCAUAAUUUAGAGUCACUUCACCUAAGAAAUGGACAAUUUGCCGUUUCAACAGGAGCUCCAACAUCAUCAGGCCUAACGACAACAACCAAUCCAUCUACAACCACACAAGGAACACCAGUAACAUGUUCAAAUGGUUUAAUUGGAAACACAUUACCCGCUAUUGUCAGUGAUAACAGUGGUCGUCGUACAAUAAUUUGCAGUAAAUCUAGUUCAAAUUUAGCCCAUGAAGGUGAUCUAACCAAUGGAUCCAAUAAUAGUACCAACCUUGGAACCUUUAACGGAAACAAUGACAUUAACAAUCACUCUCUUGGUAUUAACAAUGGAGCACCAGUUUUAGCUGUUCUCGGUUCAAAUAACCGAGUAAUUUCAUCAUUUACCAAUUCACAUCUUCAACAGCAACAACAAGGCAUCAACAUUUAAUGAUGAUAAUGAUGGUUAAAAACCUCUGUUGAUUUUUUCAUCAUCAUUAUGAUUUUUUUUCUCGCUCUCUCUCUCCCCUGUUUCAAUUUCAACUUCUUCAGGGAAAACCAACCAAACAAUUUGACUGUGAUACAAAUGCCAAAAUUUUUCUUUUCUAAAUAGUUUUAAAUCCUCUUUCAUCAUUAUCUUCUCUACCUUUAUAUAAAUACACUCACUCACUCACUCACUCACUCACCACUCACUCAAAUCACAACCAUAACAUUUAUAUAUAUAUCAGAAUAUAUAUAUACUCUGUGAAUAUUUAUUCAUCUCUCUCCUGCUGGAUAAUAUGAAGCAAAAAAUGAACUUUUUUGUGCUACUUCUUAGAUCAAUUAAGGUAAAGAAAAAAAAAGAUAAAUGACAAGAAAAUUUUAAACGAAAAGCUAAAAGGCUAAUGAAUAGCCUUCCCUCUGUAAUUAUUGUAAAAAAAUCGUUUUCCCUUAUUAUUAAUAUUAUUUUCUCCUCCUUAUCCCCUUGUCUCACACAAAGUGAUCUCUAUCAUCCACCUCUCCUUAUUUUCUAACCUCCUCUUAUGAAAAUCUUUCCCUGUCUCUCUGUUAAGAGUAAAUUUCCAAUUGAUUAAAAAAGAAAAGCAAAAUUUUCUUUCUCAUAUAAAA